AUGCAUCGAGGGAGAAGUCGCCGGCGCGCACUCCGCGUCGCGCCGCCGCCUCGGCAGCUCGCGCGCGAGAUGGCGUCGCUCCUCCGCGCCGCCGCUCGCGCGCGCCGCGGAUGCGUCCUCGACGCCCUCCGCGUCGCGGCCGCGUCGACGACGGCCACGUCGACGACGGGAGCGAACCCGCCGUCGCGGCCGUCGCUGACGCGCUGGACGUCGUCCGCGCUCGCGUCGUCGUCCUCCCGCGACGCCGCGCGGUUUCCUCCUCCUCGUCAUCCUCCCGCGGCGGCGGCGUACGCGUACACCACGCACGCGCAGAUCCUGAACGCGGACGGCCAAGACGCGGCGCAGAUCAAAGCCGGCGUCAGGUUCCGCAAAGCCCUCUGCGCGGUCAUGGAGUCGAGCUCGAUGCGCCAUCGCUUCGGCGGGCGCGGGCGAGACGUCGUCGUCUUAGAGUGCCGAAUGAGUUCCGACUUCAAGACCGCGCACGUGCGAUGGACGACCGCGUUCGACGACGACGACGGGCGCAUCGCUGAACGUAACCUGCGCGCGAACGCGACGCGACUGCGAGAGAUGACGGGCAGACUCCUGCGCUCGAAGCACACGCCGAGGCUCGUCUUCGUCAACGACGACGCGAGAUCCCCGGCGGAGAUCGCCGUGGACGAGAAACUCGAAAAGGUCAGGAACGAAGAGCUCGCGCACGAGGCGGCGAGGGCGGCGUACGACGCCGCGACGAUGGAGAUGCCGAAGUUCCCGGAGCGCGCGCGUUCCAGGAAGCGGAGGAAGAAACCCUGGGAGGAGGAGGAGGAGGAGGCGGCGGGGGAGGAGUCGAUCGACGCCGCCGACGCCGCCGCCGCCGACGACGACGACGACGACGACGACGAGCGAACGGGCGCGGCGUACGAGACGUUCGACGGCGGCGAGGACUACGCGCCAGAGUUCCCGGAGGUGCCGCUGGUGACGCGCCCGAGAGGGAGCACGCUGUCCACCUCGAGCGCGCGGGCGAUGGAGGACGACGGGAGCUUCGACGAUCUCUCGGACGAGGACGUCGCGAAGUUUGUCGAGGACCUCGAGAGGAGCGCGAUGAUGGGGAUGGGGGCGGGGGACGACGACGACCCGACGCCCGCGGACGUCGUCUCGAGAAUAACGGAUGGUGUUGAUGCGUUUCGUGGGCGACGUGUCGACGGCGCGCGCGGCCGGGACGGCGACGAGCGCGACGACGACGACGACGCGUUGGACGCCAAGUUGGAACGGCUGUUCGACGAACUCGGGAGCGACGACGACGACGGCGGCGGAGAAGGCGGCGAGGACGUGUGGCGACGCGCGAAGGCGGCGGGCGACGACGACGAUCUCGACGACGACGACGACGACGAUUUCGACGACGACGACGACGACGACGACUUCGACUUCAAGAAGUUCGACGAUUGGCAAAGACGGGGGUCGAAGCCGUAGCCGCGCGGCGCGCACAGGUUUAAUAAUUUAGUCUCGAGAAGAGACGAACAAGACAG